AUGGAACUAGAAGAAGAUUUAUUGGGGUUGGAACGUUUCCGCAGAGCGAGGGUGAUGAUUAAUAUUAAUAAACCUUUGCGAAGGUUUCAGCGUAUUAGAGACAAAAGAGGCAGGGUUGUUUGCGUUGAAUUUGCGUAUGAACGAUUGCCAUUUUUUUGCUUCGCUUGCGGAGUUAUAGGGCACUCGGAGAAAGAUUGUGAUAUGGUGUCCGAGGAGAGUAAGGCCGCAAAACUUGGUCGGGGGAGAUGGCUUAGGGCGUCUCCGAGAAAGGGGAAAUCAAAGGAGGAGGAGGAAUUAAGUGCGAUCAUGGCUGCUAGAAAGCAGCUCUUUGUUGUGAAGGGGGAUGUUGCGAGUUCUGAAAAAUUAGAGAAGGAAAGGGAGCUGACUAAGCUCAAGGAGGGGCAGGGAGUGCUGCAGUUGGGGGGUGCUUUAGUAGUGGACAACGUGGAGGAGGGUGCUGUCAGACUUAGCGACAAUAUAGAGGGCGAGCAGGAGGGGGAGACCGUGUUAAGUACUUGUUUGGGGGGGGAGCAGGGGGAGAGGGUGAGUAAGGGGUGGAAGAAAUCAGUAAGAUUAAAAGAAACUUAUGACACAAUCAUGAGGGAGGAGGGAAGUGUGAUACUUGGUAAAAGGGGAAGGGAUGAUGGUGAGAAUGUCGGUGGGGAUGGGAGUGUGGCUAAAAUAGCAGUAGAUGAGAAUGAUAUCUCUGGAUGGCGAGUGGCGGAGGCUGUGCUUAAACAGCCCCGCCUAGCUCAAUGA